CAGCAGCAAUGAAAAGACUUAAAUGCACUUUGAAUGUACUUGGAUUCUUCAGAUCGACGGUAUCAGACUAACACUGUCAUAAAUCCACUUUCCUGGAAAUGCAAAUUGCAGACAUUUUAGAAGCAGCUUCUGUAUAUACUUUUGCAGCCUUAUCAAGGAUUUUUUUUUGAAAGCGAAAUUGUGAUAAGGUGUUCAAAACGUUAUUGGUUUCAAAUAGCAGCUGGAAUUUACCGGAAUGACACCUGAUCAUUUCAUACAAUAGCUGAUUGUACAUUUCCCCUUUUAGGACAAUCUCGAAGGGGGUUUCUUCAAUGCAUUCUUCCAUUCGGGAAGCUGCACGGAUUUCUCUUGGAAGACAUUCAGGAUAUGACCUAUCUGGCACACACUGCUCAUCUACAACUUGCGAGCUUAGCAUCUGGUACUAUUGGGUGGAUCUUGUCUUUGAUAUUAACUGGCAUUGUACAAUGGAGAGAAUGGGAUGUGGCCAACACCACAGUGAUCACUUCUGGUGUUGCCUGGGUGGGUAUCUGGAGAGUUUGUUUCUUCAGUGACAUCUUAGUAUCCUCAGAAUCACGAGUCAUGUAUUGCCAAAGAAUUGGUGUUCUGGAUUCCUUUGUACCGCCUGAGAUUUUUGCUGCCCAAGGUCUUACGAUUGUUGCAGUAAUCUUUGUAGGCAUGGGGAAAAUGACCACAAUUUUUGCCUUAAGGAAAGUAUACUUUGGCACAGAAGUGGAGCAAUGGAGCCAGGUUUAUGCAUUAUUUCUAAUAGGAGGAAUUUUAUAUUUAAUUUCUAGUGUCUGCAUUCUAGUACCAGUGGUCUGGAACUUGCAUUCUGUAAUGACCAACCAAAGCAUUGCUUUCCCUCAGGAGUUUUAUAUGCCUAGCGCUCCUCAGACUCAACAGGUUGGAACUGCCUUACCUCUUGGCAUUAUAUCAUGUUUUCUCUUAUUAAUCACAGGAAUAUUCCUUGUCAGAUACAGACUACCUUCUACAUCUCAUGCCAAGGUACAUCCAGAAAGCAGGGACCACGAUGAACAUGAUGCAGGUGUCAGUGGCACAUUAUCAAGGGAAACCUUUUCUUCCAUGUCUUCAGUUUUAUUCAGUUCUGUGGAUCAAACCUCCAACAGUCACCUUGGAAUAGACAAUGAAGCAUAUGAAUUUGAUGAUAAGCUAUAGACUUCCUGAGGAUUAGUCUUGUUAGUGAAUGAAAGGAAAGUUUUAAUAUAAAUGGAAUUAUAGCUCUCAUCAUAAUAAGGGUAAAUGCUACAAAUGACAUCCAUAACUGUUUCUUUUUACAGAUAAUUUCCUGUUUUGUUUUUAUUUGCUAUAAGGCAGGCAAAUGUAUUAUUGCUUAUUAAUUUUUCUUUUUUUUUGAAAAAUUUUGCUGGCAGCCUCUAGGCUUUAGAUAUUGAAUCCUGCAGUGACCCAUGCUAAUGUCCAUUUCAUUCCCUCAAAAGCCAAAAGUCAGAACCAAAAGUCAGAAUCAGUACAAUUACACCGCAAAACUGUGUGCUUUAUAGCUUAACUUGUUCUCAUUUGACCUGUCCAAGAACCAUUGAGAUGCACUGUCCCAAAUACAGGCCACCUGCUCAUCUUUUUGCAUAAACCACCACCAGAUGGAAUGAUGUAUGCUAUUUCCUGUUACAGAAAAGCCAUUGCGACCAGACUCGGAACCCCACCUGUUUAUAUUAAGGGGUUCUCCAGCAUGAUGUAAUUCCCUGUAGUGAGGAAGGUAAGAUAUCAAAGUACAGUUUAUUAUUUCACUUCUCUCUUCCCAUCAGCCAUCCAGCAAGCAGCUAAUACAAAAGAAUGAGGUCAUCUGUGAGAUGGCACAUGACCUGCUAUAUGCAUUCGGAGUGGCACUAAUUAGUACUUUAUUUGUAAUUUUGCAUUUUUUCAAAAGACACAGUUUUGUUGAGACCAAAUACCAGUCCAGUUUUUUUCAUUUUCACAAAUUGUCACUCAGUUGCCGAAACUGUAAAUCUACAUUCCUGUAUGGGUGCAUUUUCUUUCUAGAAUACCUGGACAAACUUUUGACACUGAAGUGUAAACACAAAUUGUAUUAUUACUGUUGCUACUCUUGCCUUGAGUUCUUACAAUAAAACAUUCUGCAAAACAGAGGUAUUUUUUGAACCCUGUGCCUGCUGACAUUCAGAACUCUCUCCAGUCAGAUACAGAGCAUUCAUUCGCCUACCCACAACUUUCAUCCAGGGUUAGGGUAAGAGCUGCCCAGAGGGGACCAAUAUGCAGUCAGCCAUGUGGAUGCUUAGUGUCCUUGCCAUCACCCCAGCUAUAAGAAUACCUGUUUUGGCCUAACCCCACCUGGGGGGGGGGGGGUGAUAAGAAAUUGAGUGCAUGCUCCCUCACAACCACAAUGAAGACUGCCAUCUGCUGAUAGCUUAAUGAUCAUACUGCCUAGCCCCAAGCCAAGAUUAAGCAUCCCUGCCCCUCUGCCAUGGGAGUCAAUGCUGUACUUGACCCCCGGGCCAUACGUCUCAACCUCUUACUGGAAGAACUAUGGGCAAAGCCU